GAGAGAGAUGCCGCCACUCCACUCUGUUGAAAGCCAAGCCGUGGCGGCUGUUGCUGCUGCUGCUGCUGCCGCCAGGCGUUAUGGAACCGUUGCAGGGCACGCGCGGUUGGGAAGGGCUCGAGCCACUCGGAGGCGGUUGUGAUUGGGCGGGAGGGGAAGCCGUGGGAGCGUCUCCUUCCCUCAGCCGCGGCGCUGAGACCUUCGUCCCCAGCUGUUGCACAAGCGCCCCGGGCGGCUCGCCCGCUGACCUCCUUCCUCCCAGCCCCAUGGCAGCCCUGGUCGUGCCUCCUCCUCCCGCAGUCCAAGGGGCUCGCUUAUUCAGCGCUCGUUCCUCAUGGGCUCUCCGGCUUCUUCGCCAUGGCUGUCCUGGACUUGGCCCGCCUGAGGGCUUCGCUCCUAACAAAGUGCCUUCACGGGAUGGCUGAUUAUGGAAGAGGCGCACAAAAGCGGCAGUAACAGUUCAGCAAACCCCCCACAAGCAACGUCUUUACAAGGUACCACUCUACAGACAGCUCAGCUUUCUCGUGUUUCUCAACAGAUGUCUCUUAGAGGUCCAACUCCACUAACAGUGGUACAGAUUUCGGGGGACCAGGUUCAGGGAGUCAUUCAUACAGCUCAGACCUCCUCUGUAAUUCACUCGCCACAAGGACAAUCAGUGCAGGUGUCUAUGUCAGAGAGUGAGGAUUCGCAAGAUUCCUCAGAUAGCAUAGGCUCUUCACAGAAAGCCAGAGGUAUCUUAGCACGUCGUCCAUCUUACAGAAAAAUCUUGAAUGACCUUUCUUCUGAAGACACACAAGAUAGGAAAGGAGAUGAAGCAAAUCCUGGGGUCUCUACCAUCACAUCAAUGUCUGUUCAUACACCUGUUUACCAAACCAGCUCUGGACAAUAUAUUGCCAUUGCCCCAAAUGGACCAUUGCAGCUGAGCAGUCCAGGUGCAGAGAAUGUGCAGGGUUUGCAGACAUUUACAAAUGCUGGUGGGACUCCAUUAUUACAGUAUGUACAGACUUCAGAUGGUCAGCAGAUACUUGUGCCAAGCAACCAGGUAGUAGUGCAGACUGCAUCUGGAGAUAUGCAGACAUACCAGAUACGCAGUACACCAACCACCACUUCCCUCCCACAGACUGUUGUGAUGACAACACCGGUCUCCUUGACAUCUCAGUCAACCAAGACAGAUGAUCCACAGUUGAAACGAGAAAUAAGGCUGAUGAAAAACAGAGAAGCAGCUCGAGAAUGCCGUAGAAAGAAGAAAGAAUAUGUAAAGUGUCUUGAAAAUCGAGUUGCUGUCCUUGAAAACCAGAACAAAACUCUAAUUGAAGAGCUAAAAACUCUAAAAGAUCUUUACUGCCAUAAAAAUGUGUGAGAAAAGGGCCUUUUGUGGACAUCACAAUUUCAGAGGGAAUUUUUCAUUUUAUUUUUAAAAAAAUUAAUAUUAAAGGUCAAAAUGAUUUUUUUUCCUCUUCAGAUUUCACAAUUUAAAGACUGUUAAGCUUUUAUUUAGAACUUGUUUGGUGGCAGAAUACCGAAAAGAAGCACAGAAGUCUUAUAAAGAGUUCUACUGGCACACCUCGGAUCUUCAUUAAAUCAGGAUAAAUGGACAUGCUUAUUCUGUCAAUCAAGAGAUUUGAAUUUUGAAAUGCUUGCAACAUUUGAUUGCAUUUUAAUUGUGGAAGAGCUGAAUAUUUGCCUUUGGCUGUAAAUGUCUAUCAACGUAUAUAACCAGCAUAGGUUUAAUUUCUUAAAUCUCUGAUCUUGUUAACAGAUUGUGUUAUAACAACAGUUAUUUGUAUGUAAAUAUUUUUGCUUCUGUGAAUUCUAAUCUGUGUGUUUAGAAAAUAGAGGCCACUACCUUGCUAGAAGCAUAGGCUAUAUUUGCUUUUAACAGGCAGGCAAUUUAAAAAAAAAUUGUUUAAUGCAUGCUGUCAUCUUGGUCAUAUCCAUGUACCUAGGAUGUCUUUCAGGCUACAAAGGACCCAUUGACUUUACCAAAAACUGAUUAAGAAAUUCUAGGCACACUGAUAUGGACAUGAAGGCAUCUUAAAGAGUGUGUAACAUGUCAUUACAGGUACCAAUAUUUUGUUAUGUUUAUAAAACAUAUAUAACAGCAGAACAAAUGUUGCUGGAAAGUAUUUCCAGACAGCUUUUUGUUUUGUUUUUUGGUUACUAGGUUUAUUGAGGUAAAGCUGAAAUGAAUGUUACAAGUGAACAGGAAUCAAAUAUUCUGUUUGAAGAUCCUGUUUUACUUACAUAGAAAGAUUAAAUUAACUCCAAAUUCCCUAGCCCUGCCUCAGUUUAAAACACGACCUUUACUAGGGCGGGGCUGAACCUACCUUCCCCCCAGACGAUCAAUUGUCUGCUGUGUGGCGUGUGGCUCACUUGCCCACACGAUCUCUACUGCUCUGAGCAGCAGCACAGAUCUCUGGAGGCCGGGAAAGUGAAGCCUGGCCUUCAGGUAUCCCUUAAUGCUUGCAGUGCAUUGAGGGAUUUCCCCUCCAAUCAUGCACUCUAGGUGUCCAGCUCUGUCUUCUCAGGCUGUGUACAUGCGCAUGCUCAUGACCCUACUAUACCUAGGUAAAAGGGCAGGUAAAAAUCCCGGGCUUCAUACGAGCAGCUCUACCCAGGUAGAGCUGCCCAAGUCUGGGUAGGGCUGCUCAUGUGAACAGCUUCAUUAGGUGAUAUCCAGACCUUCAGUGCAGCAGCCUGCUGUUCACGGAAGCUCGUGCCACAAAUGGAAGGGGAGUUGUGCUCUCACAAGGAUUCCUUGCACAAAUAGAAAAGGGCCUUCCAUUGACAGGAGCAGCUUCUUUCUGCUGGUGGCACACCACUGCACUAAAAGACUGGAUGCUGCUCACUAAUGCUAAAGUUACAUGCCCAAGGUAAAAUUUGAAUAUGAUGUUGGUGAUACUAAAGUACACAAUUAGAAGACCCAGUUUUUAAACUUGGCAGUGAUUUGUUGAAGUAAUUCCAAUUUUUAUAAGCAAGUUGAAACAGACACCUAGUAUAUUUUUAUAGUUGAAGUAUUACCAUUGAGUUUAUAUGGAUAUUUUAAAUGUUUAUACAGUUUAAGUAAAUAGAGAUAUUUUUCCCUCUCAGAUGAUCAAUUUUAUAUUUUUAUGAGAUGCUCAAAUAAUUAGAUCCUAUUUCUAUAUAUUUCUUUAGGCAAAUUUUAAUUUAACAAUUUUUGAAGAAUAUUUUUGAAAAAAGUUUUAAUACUGUUCACUGGAAAAAUGCAUUUGAAUUCAUUAUGAAGAUGCUAUCAGAGAUCAUAAUAGCAUUAUUUUGAUUUCUUGUUUUCAAGGAAUGUUAAAGGGUCUUUGACACGAACUGAAUUCUUGAGUACACUAUAAACAUUAAAUCCACAAAUUAGCCUUA